AUGCAGGCACAACUGGUUGAUUCUCUCUCUGACAAGGAAGCUGAACAAGCAGUACUCGGCGCGAUGAUGACCGACAAAUCGGUUAUUCCUCAAGUAAUAACCAAGCUCGGUCAGACCUCUGAUGUGUUUUUCACUGUAGACCAUCAGCUUACCUAUUCAGCUAUCCUUGCUGUAUAUGACCGCGUUAGCAAUGCAGAUCCACUUCUUGUUGCUGAUGAGUUGAAACGAGUGAACCAGUUGAACCGGGCUGGCGGAACAGAGUACCUAUACGAACUACAGGCUCCAAUUGCAGAGACAGAGAGUACAGAGUUUUACGCAGAUAUCCUCUAUGAAAAGGCGACGCGCCGUCGGUUAAUUCGAGCGACCGCUCAGAUUCGCGAGAUGGCAUACGACGAGGGUGUAGGAAUUGCUGAUGUCCUGAAUCAAUCACAGGAAGCGGUCUUCGAUCUUGGCCAGACAGAUACCCAACGCGGGUUUGUCGCCAUCCAUACAUUACUCACAGAGAGUCUUAGCGCGGUUGAAAGCCUGUAUCAGAAAAAAAGUAGAUUUUUAGGGAUACCGACCGGCUUUAUGGAUUUUGACCAUAUGACAUCAGGGCUGCAGCCCGGUAAUCUUGUUAUCAUUGCCGCGCGACCGAGUAUGGGAAAAACAACCUUGGUGCUGAACAUAGCACAGAACAUCGCCCUUGAAGAAAAACGUCCAGUCGCUAUUUUUAGUCUUGAGAUGCCAGCACAGGAUAUCGUCAUGCGGAUGUUAGCCGCCGAAUCUCAGAUUGAUUUUGGGCGGCUCCGAACCGGCAAUUUCAGUGAAGAUAACUGGAAACCGUUGACUGAAGGGGCAAGUCGAUUGGCUGAAGCACCUAUCCUAAUUAACGAUAAUCGUGGUCUUACUGUUCAGAGUCUACGCGCCGAGGGGCGACGCUUAAAAGGCGAACACGGUAAUCUGGCUCUCAUUAUCGUUGACUACCUGCAACUAUUGAGAGGGACUGGUAGAUAUAACGUUCGCGAACAGGAGAUCUCUGAAAUCUCACGUGCUUUGAAAAUCCUCGCGUGGGAGCUUAAUGUUCCGAUUAUCGCUUGUUCGCAAUUGAGUCGUGAGAUUGAACGUCGCCCUGAUAAACGUCCGCAGCUUUCAGAUUUACGGGAGUCCGGGGCAAUCGAACAGGAUGCCGAUCUCGUCGCCUUUUUACACCGAGAUGAUUAUUACGAAGAUGAAGAUGUCGGAGACAGGGUUGAAGCGAACAUCAUGAUUAAGAAGCAGCGUAACGGACCAACCGGAACGGUUAUUCUUUAUUUUACUAAAAAGCAGAUGCGAUUUGAGAACCCCAGUUAG